AUGCAGAAGACGCCUAUCAGUGAAAAGCGACGUGUGUGCGUGAUAGGUGCGGGCACGGCCGGACUAUGUGCAUUGAAGAAUUCACUGCAGCAUGGACUGGAUGCGGUGGCCUAUGAGCGUGGAACAGAUAUUGGUGGCACGUGGGUUUACUCCGAGGACAUGCCCAAGAAUGAAUACGACGAGGUGCACAGUAGUAUGUACGAGGGCUUACGCACAAACUUGCCUAAAGAAGUAAUGGGCUAUCCUGAUUACUUGUAUCCCACCGAUAUUGAGGAAUCCUUCAUCACAUCACACCAGGUGCUGGAUUUUUUACGAUCGUAUGCUGAUUAUUUCAAGCUGCGCCCGCACAUCAAACUGCAGCAAGAGGUCAUCAGAGUGCGGCCCCGUUUGGAUGAUUGGGAGGUUUACGUUUGGGACUACACUACCAACAAAUGCGACCCCAUUUACUAUGAUUUCGUCUACGUCUGUAACGGCCACUACACGGAGCCAGACUGGCCCGAAAUCGAGGGUAACGAUAUAUACCAGGGCAAACAAAUGCAUAGCCAUUUGUACCGUAAGGCCCAGAUGUUUGCAGGUGAAAAUGUGUUGGUUAUUGGCGCUGGGCCCAGCGGUAUGGAUAUUACCAAUCAUAUACGUAAAGUGGCAAAACAGGUUUAUCUAAGCCAUCACUUAGAUACCACGCCCAAUACCGCCUUCAUGGGUAAUGUGACACAGAAACCGGAUGUGGCAAACUUCACCAAAAAUGGUGCAGUAUUCAAGGAUGGUACUGAGGAAACAUUCCAACAUGUUAUUUACUGCACUGGCUACAAAUACUCCUUCCCCUGCCUCAGUACCGAUGUCGGAGUGCAGGUUAUUGACAAUUUUGUUCAGCCACUGUGGAAGCACUGCGUCAACAUUAACAAUCCUACGAUGGCAUUCAUUGGCCUGCCUUUCAAUGUGAUUCCCACGCAAAUAUUCGACAUGCAAGUUCGUUUUACGCUCAAAUAUUAUACAGGACAACGAGAUCUACCUACGCGUGAGGAAAUGAUGGAGGACCUGGAACGUGAGAUAGGCGAACGCUGGAAUUGCGGAUUCCGCAAUAAAAAGAAGGCACAUCAAAUGGCCGAGCGGCAAUUUGAAUACUACAAUGAGUUGGCACGCUUGGCGGGCAUUGCUAAUAUAAAGCCUGUCAUUUUAAAGAUGAUGAAGGACUGCGGCAAGAAAUAUAUAUUUGAAUUGGAUUCAUAUCGCAACAACCGUUAUAAAAUUAUAGACGAUGAGAAUUUUAUCAAGAACGGCAAAUAAGGCGCUUUUGUAACUAUGUUUAUUAUUUACCCUUGUAUUUCUAGCUUAGUGUUUUCUACUUAAGACAAAUAUAAAUCACUGUGAAAGAACAAAACUGAAAAACAAAACUGAAAUAAAAACAACAAUGGAAUACUACAGACGCACAGGCCAAACUCUUAA